GGGGGGGGAAAUUUUUUUUACACCGCUGGUUGGUUUGUUUAGUCGAGUGCCUACAUAGUUUGCGAGUUGUUGCUUUGAUACACGAAAGGGGGAAACAACCGCGCGCGGCGCCAGAUAACCGCCAUUUCUUGACACGAACAUGUUUAGUAAACUUCGGGUUGGGCUAACGCUAGCCGCGCUAGCCCUGCUGGCGACGGGCAGCCGCGGCGCUAGCGGCGCGACUUCGCGGUUUUGUUUUUGAGCAAACUCAACUGCCCGCGUUCGCGUUUCUUGAGUCGGACGCUUUGCGAGAGUCCCGCGGACGCAGACGCGCGACGCGCAGCAGCUCGCGGGCGCCGUUCGGCUCGGCGGUCGAUGCCGAGCGCAAUUCGAACGCGUUAGCUAAAUUGAAUAAAAGAGAAUUAGCUUGCAACUUGUAACGCAAGUGAGCGCGCCGGGCGAGUCCCCCUCCCGCCUGCCGGGCUCGGCUCGGCGUGGUCGAUCACAGGAGCCGCGGCACCGUGCUGCGUCCACACCAGGAAGCCGCUGCCUGGACGUUCCCCCGCAGGAAGUGGCCACACUCUUUGUUUCUGUUCUCGUCCGACUGCAGUCAACGAUCAGGGAACAAGCCCUCCCUCGGGAAUUCGAGCCCAGGAGGUUCAGCAGGUUCCGAUGACCACGAUUUCGACCCGUCAGCAGACAUGCUCGUCCAUGACUUUGACGAUGAACGCACCCUGGAGGAAGAGGAAAUAUUGGAGGCAUCAGACGAGACCAACGCCAACGAGAUUGAAGAUCUCGCACGGGAGGGAGAAAUGCCCAUUCACGAGCUGCUGAGUCUGUACGGCUAUGGGGGCGGAUCGACCGCAGAUGAGGAUGAAGAGGAGGAGGAAGAACCAGAGGAAGAAGAUGAUGAUGAUGAUGAGGAGGAGGAUGAGGAAGAGGACCUUGACAAUGACGAAAGCAGCAGGAGCACUGGCGAGUUGAAAAGAAACGAGGGUGAGGGUGUUAAGAUCACGUCGGGACAGGGGAAUGAAGCCCAGACAACCCCUGAGGCCCGCACACGCCCAGUCAGGUCCCUUGGCACAGCUGAACUCAUACGUCCCCAGAAAUUAAUGUAUUUUGAAAGCAAUAAUGAUGCGGAGGAGGAGUCGGAUGAAGAUGAGGACUAUGUUCCAUCUGAAGACUGGAAAAAGGAGAUUAUGGUGGGUUCCAUGUAUCAGGCCGAAACCCCCGUCGGCCUGUGUAAAUAUAAAGACAACGAAAAAGUUUACGAAAAUGACGACCAGUUAUUGUGGAACCCCGAGUGUCUUCCCGAGGGCAAAGUAGUGGAGUUCUUGACGGAGGCUUCGAGGCGAACGGGAGACGAAAAAGGGGUAGAUGCAAUUCCAGAGGGAUCUCACAUCAAAGACAAUGAGCAGGCCUUGUAUGAACUGGUGAAAUGUGACUUUGACACAGAGGAAGCUUUAAGAAGACUUAAGUUUAAUGUAAAAGCAGCCAGAGAGGAGCUGUCCGUCUGGACUGAAGAGGAAUGUAGAAACUUUGAACAAGGACUAAAAGCUUAUGGGAAAGACUUUCAUUUAAUACAGGCCAACAAGGUGAGAACUAGGUCUGUAGGAGAAUGUGUGGCCUUUUAUUACAUGUGGAAGAAGUCUGAGCGUUAUGAUUUCUUUGCACAGCAAACCAGACUUGGGAAAAGGAAAUACAACCUUCACCCUGGUGUCACAGACUACAUGGACAGAUUACUGGAUGAGACGGAGAGCGCCACGUCCAGCAGGGCGGCAUCGCCGCCGCCCACCACCUCCAGCAGCAGCGCCAGCCACUCGGAGAAGGAGGAUGGCAGCAGUCAGAACGGUAUCGCGAGUCACAACUCAAGCCUCCCAGUGGACGUCGCUCCGUUGCCCCAAGCAAGUCAAGUCAAAACAGAGCCCGCUCAGUCCAAUGGUCCCUCCAACCCAACGGUGGAAUCUCCUGUUUCCGACAACAACUCCAACGGCUGCAGCCAACCUGCUGCGCCCAGCCCCGACAGAAACGGCUCCCUGGAGCAGAACUGCCUCUGGCCGGACCACAGGGACGCGGCGGCGGUAGCACAUGACCCGCCGCCGACCAAGAGGUGCAGGGCGGAGGCGGAGCCUCUGGGCCAAAGUGAGGUGGAACCGUCCAGAACACCGGAGAACUGAAGGACCCAGAGCUUGGUGGUGAUCACUUACAGACGCUGACUCGGGGCGAACAAUGGUCCCCAACGACCUUACGAGCACAGACUCACUCUAGAAUAAGGUCAAAGGUCGCUGAAAAUCACACCACGAAGAACACAGCCUACCAAACUGCAGCAGUGGCUCCCUGAACCCCAACCGACCGACUGAAAUGCUCAUCCCAAAGUACCACAGCUCCGUCACGUCCCACUCAACAUCUCCCACCGUCUUUAUUCCCUUUUUUGAGACUGACAGGUUUGCCAAGAAUUUCCUCUCUUUUUUUUCCUAUUUGUACUCAAAGAAAAUAGGUCACAUGCGAUAUUUUUUUACUCAGAGCUAUUUAUAUUUUUUAACAAACAAAAGAAACUCUAUAAUGGGUAAUUACGGUUCAAGCUAUUUGAACAUUUAAUGACACGGGACCCAUUUGAAACGAUGACGUGCUCAAGUUGUCUUAAAGAGGCAGAAAAAAACAAAGACGGGCGGGCCGGGAGCUGCCGCUCGCUCACUUCAGUUGCACUUUUGAUUGUAUGUUUCUCAUCGUUCGGUGGAUAAAGAGGUGACAAAACCCAGCAGAACUCCAUUCUCACUCCUCUGGCCUCCUCUCGCGGCGGUUCGUGUCCAAUAAAUGAACCGGUGGGUUCGUCCCCCCGACAGGUUUGUUUGUGUAAAGCAGCUGACAUCAGUGAUGUCCUGUAUUAUAUAACUCAUCAUGUAGAAAGAUGGCUGUAUUUUUGGAUUUUUCAUAGUCAGUGCUUUGCUCAACGCUUUGUUUUUACUAGACCGACAUGUCCACGAUUUUUAAUGUAAAGUUUGUAUAGAUUUCUUACCUUGAGCAGUUGGUCAAUUGUUUUAUAACUAUGUGUAUUUUCUGGUCUUCCUCGUAGGCUUUGCUUCUUUUUUUCCCCGUCGAGAACCCUUUUGCCUCUGUCGCUCCGAGGUGGAUGUAAUAAAGUAGCCAUUCCUCUUUUCCCUCUCUGUUUGGCAGCACUUCUCAUUCCCGUAUGACCCAGCUCAGUCAGAAACGUUUGUUGCAGAGCCUCAUCUUUUGUGCAUAGAAAAAAAAAAAGAGAAACUCCACUAACGUGGUUGAGAGCGCUGCUUGCCUUCGGUUUAAAAAACAAAACAAAUCCUACUGCGAAGUUCCAACCGAUAUUUACUGUCCCUCCACAGCGAGCGGCUUAAGAGCAGUGAAACCUGCAUUUGUUUUGGUACAGCAGCUGUUAAGCUAAAUUGUUCUACUUUUUAUUCCAGCUUUGAACUGACAUUCACAAAUUAAGAUAAGUUUGUCUCAAAUAAUGUUGAUCCAUGUCGGCUUUUUUUUCCCUCCAUUUUUUUAGGACUGAAGUUUUGUUUUUUUUCCUUCUGUAAAUGACAAGAUGAAUAAAAACGAAGUGUAUUCCAAGACAGUCUAUGAAUGGAAUAACAUUGGCUAUAUUUAAUAAAUGUUUUAAUGAA